UAGUCGAAAACUCAGCAUCAAAACACUACGCGGCAAGGUAGCUGCAACAACAUUUGGUUAUCAGAUUGUUGUGGACAGUUGAGCAUGUAGCCUGACAGCGUCUUCUAAAAGUAAAAGUAUAAAAGUAUUCAUUGUGUAUCUGAAUAUUUCAUCUUUGUUUCGAAAAUGGAUUUCGAUCGGAUCUUAGAAAAGUGCGGGAACUUUGGACGUUUUCAAUUUGUUAUUUUAAUACUAUACGGUUAUACAAAUAUACUCAGCUCUUUGCAUUAUUUUUCGCAAACUCUAAUCACGUUUACUCCGGAGCAUUGGUGCUCGCAUAAUGAUCUUCAAGGACUCAGUGCGGAGUCAUUGCGCUCCAUUUAUUCAAACAUAACUCAUUCAUCCUGCACCCUUCUCGAGGGCGUCGUUAAUGGAACGGCCGUUGCAGCCGCAGAUGGAGAAACUUGCGAGAAUUGGAUCUUUGAGCGGGAAAACGGCUAUGAGAGUCUUACGACAGAGCUUCAAUGGGUCUGCGACAAGUCUCAUCUGGCGGCCGUGGGACAAUCCUUCUUCUUUGUGGGAUCUGUUGUGGGCACCAUCACUUUUGGAUAUCUCUCAGAUCGCAUUGGACGAUUGCCUGCCAUGUUAAUGGCAACUUUGGCUGGUGCAUCUGGUGAUUUUAUGACCUCCUUUGUGUACACGUUACCCUGGUUUGCAUUCUCGAGGUUCGUUUCCGGUCUGUCAACCGAUACAAUGUACUACUUGAUGUAUAUUUUAGUGUUCGAGUACCUCAGUCCAAAGCGUCGCACCUUCGGACUCAACAUCAUUCUCGCUUUCUUCUACUGCUUUGGCUUGGUGACAUCUCCCUGGGCAGCCAUCUGGAUAGGCAACUGGCGUCAUUACCUCUGGCUGGCCUCGUUGCCCGCCCUCGGAGUGCUCGCCUAUCCGCUACUGAUAUGUGAGAGCGCUCAGUGGCUGCUCACCAAGAAGAAAUACGAUCGUGCUGUUCAGUGUCUCAAAUGGGUGGCCAAAUUCAAUGGGCGUCAGGUGGAGGAUUCUGUCUUUGCCGAAUUCAUCAAGCACUAUCGCGAGAAGGUUAACGAGGAGCAAAAACUAACCACACAUGAGGACACGUUUAUGGGAAUGUUCCGAACUCCGCGACUCCGGCGAUUCACCUUAACCCUGCUAAUUAAAUCAGUCAUUAUCACACUGUCUUACGAUGUGAUCAACCGCAAUAUGGAGGGUCUAGGCACCUCCCCCUUUAAGUUAUUCUCCAUCACGUCACUCAACUAUUUGCCGGCGGGAUGCACAAUUCUCUUACUUCAAAAUAUCAUUGGACGCAAGGGAAUGGCCUGUGGUGCUCUUCUUGUUGGGGGUAUUAUUACCACAGUAACGGGCUUUCUUAUUGCAUUCUUGGACCCGAGUGAGAAUGCGGUUCUACUGGCUAUUAUGAUCGGUUUGGGUCGUUAUGGAGCGACUGUUUCGUAUGAUGCGGAAAUCCAAUAUGCUGCCGAGAUAAUUCCAACCAGCGUAAGGGGUGCUGCCGUAUCCAAUAUCCAUGUGGUGGGCUUGGCCUCCAGCUCAUUGGCCUUUUAUGUUAUUUAUUUGGCAAAGUUCUACAAGCCAUUGCCAUCAAUUUUCAUAAGUUGUCUGAUGUUCUUUGGGGCUGCAUUAUGCCUAACUUUGCCAGAAACCUUGCACAAGAAACUACCCGAAAACUUGGCCGAUGGGGAGAGAUUCGCUAUGAAUGAGAGUUGUUUGUAUUUUCCGUGCUUUCACAAACGUCGAGAAAGUUUGACCAAGAAUGAUGAUAAUAAGUCUGAAACCUGAUGCAUUUGUUUGGUGUAACCUGACUUAGAAAUUGAACUGAUUAACCUGAAACUGAUAUGAAAACUAAUUAACCUGAUGCUGAACUUAACGUGAAGUUAGUUCCUGUAACCAAAUGGUCUGAUAGAUAUUUCUCAUGUAAAGAAUACAUAGUAAUCAUGAAGUAGAUGUUAAAUAAUAUGAUUCUAUACGAUUGUACUCAUUUCGUCAUAUACAUACUUUAAUCAAAUCUGAGUACUUGUGUAUUAUUCAGUUAUGUUAAUGCAAUAAAUAAACUGUAUUAAAUGCAACACAUUUU